AUGUCUCAAUUUGCCAGAUGUACUACGUCUAAAUACAAGUUUGGGGCUCACAUAUCUACGGCUGGAGGUAUCUCUAAUAGCGUUACGAAUGCUUUCAACAUCGGUUGUAAUGCGUUUGCGAUGUUCUUGAAAUCACCACGUCGGUGGGUUUCUCCCGAUUACAGCUCAGAAGAGAUCGAGAAAUUCAAGAAAAACUGUGAAGAACUAGGAUACAACCCGCUGGUAGACAUUCUACCACAUGGUCAGUACUUUAUCAACCUUGCCAACCCAGAGUUGGAAAAGGCAGAGAAGAGUUACGAAAGUUUCUUGGACGAUCUCCAACGGUGCGAACAAUUGGGCAUCGGGCUGUACAAUUUCCACCCUGGCUCAUCGUUGAAGGCAGACCACGAAAAACAGCUGCACCAACUGGCUGGGUACAUCAACAAAGCGCACGCGGCGACCGGGUUCGUGAAGAUUGUCUUGGAAAACAUGGCGGGCACAGGGUCGUUGGUGGGUAGCGAUCUGGCCGAUCUGCGCAAAGUGAUCGAUCUGGUGGACGACAAGUCCAGAAUCGGUGUGUGCGUCGACACAUGCCAUACUUUUGCCGCAGGUUACGAUAUCAGCACAGAAAGCGCAUUCGAUGCCUUCUGGGCGGAUUUCGACAAGACUGUGGGGUUCAAGUACCUCUCUGCGGUGCACUUGAACGAUUCCAAGGCGCCUUUGGCUGCGAAUCGCGAUCUUCACGAAAAACUCGGGGAGGGCUUUUUGGGUCUUACCGUUUUCAAACUCGUGGCCAAGGCAGAGUUUUUACAGGGGAUCCCGAUUGUGCUUGAAACACCACAGCCUUCGGACGACGGAUACGGCGAAGAGAUCAAGCUGCUGGAAUGGCUCGAAAACUACGAUUCCGCUAAGGACAAAUCGGAAUUUGACGAAAAGACAGAAUCUUUGCAAUCGAUGGGGGCCAAAUCGCGCAACGACCAAUUGGCGAAGUUCGAUAAGAAAACUGCCAAGAAGAAUACAAAGACCGCUACCAAGACUCCCAAGAAGACCGUCAAAAAGACAACCCAAACCCGUUUAACUAAGAGAACAAGAACAGCUGACAGAACUGGAAACAACGAAGAAACUGAAACCAAGAAACUUAAACAGGAACAACAAUCUUCGGACGAUGCUACUGAGGAUCAAUAG